CGUGCCCAGACACGCCAGAUGGAUAAAGUCGGACGAGGUGGACGCAUCGCAGACUGCUGAACGCACAUAUACACGCACACACACAAGCGGAAAAAAAGGGAUAUACAACUACUGACGGACUGACCGUUUCACACCGCUGCGCUUCAUGGAUACCGGCUGUUUCACCGCGGCGCAGCGCAUUUCGUGCCACGCCAUGAAUGCGGAUUUAUUCAAGCCUGCUCCGGAGCGCGGACCCCAACAGUCCUCAGCGCCGGUGAAAACCAGCAGGAACAAACCCGAACAGACCAAACCGGAGCUGGCGCAGGUGGUGACAGACUCCAAGACGGGCAGAACCUACACUAAAGGAAAGCUGCUGGGAAAGGGUGGCUUCGCUCGAUGCUACGAGAUGACAGACCUCUCCAACAACAAAAUGUACGCUGUGAAGGUGAUCCCACAGAGCCGGGUGUCCAAACCGCACCAGAGGGACAAGAUCACGAAUGAGAUCGAGCUCCACAAAACCCUGUCGCACAAGCAUGUGGUGAAAUUCUCACAUCACUUUGAGGACCAAGAAAACAUCUACAUAUUCCUCGAGCUCUGCAGUCGGAAGUCGCUGGCACACAUUUGGAAGGCGAGACACACGCUCACGGAGCCAGAAGUGCGUUAUUACCUCAAACAGAUCAUCUCUGGCCUCAAGUACCUCCACAGCAGAAGCAUCCUGCACAGAGACCUCAAACUAGGCAACUUCUUUGUCAACGAGAACAUGGAGCUGCGGCUGGGAGACUUCGGCCUCGCUGCCAAGCUGGAGACAGUGGAGCAGAGGAAAAAAACAAUCUGUGGGACUCCCAACUACUUGGCUCCUGAGGUGCUCAACAGACAGGGCCACGGCACGGAGUCCGACGUCUGGUCCCUCGGCUGCGUCAUGUACACACUGAUGUGCGGCAACCCUCCCUUCGAGACCCUCGACCUGAAGGAGACCUACAAGUGUAUAAAGGAAGUUCGGUACCACUUGCCAUCCUCGCUCUCACCAGCGGCACAGAAACUCAUCUCAGGCAUCCUGCAGAAAAACCCCAGUGACAGACUCUCACUGGAUCAGAUCCUCAACCACGAAUUCUUCACCAAAGGUUUCACCCCCGAUAAGCUUCCCCCCAGCAGCUGUGUGAUGGUGCCAGAGCUCCACCCCCCCAGCCCUGCCAAGAAGUUCUUCACUAAAAUGGCCAAGAGCCUCUUUGGCAAAAAGAAACAAAAAGUGGAGAAGAUUCCCUGCGAGGAAAAAGACGACAAAGACAUUUCCAAGCUGGUGUCAGGCAUCGUUAAAUGUUCCAUCAACCGACAAAUCAGCUACAAGACUGUGGGACCCAAUGAGGUGCCCUCUCCCAACGGUCAGCUCGUCAACUCCGCGCCUCUGGAACAGACUCCUGCUGAGGAGGAAUCCAGGAAGUCCAUCUCCCGCUCCUUCAAGGGCACCAUGGCCAGCAGCACUGAACCGUGCGAGGACGCUCUGACCCCCACAGCUGUUGCUGAAUCAGCCGUGAAGGUGCUCAACGGCUGCCUGGCAUCCAUGCCUGCAGCCACCAGGAACCCGCCCUGUUUGUCCAGGCCUCAGUCCUUCCUGUGGGUGACUAAAUGGGUCGACUACUCAAACAAAUAUGGUUUCGGCUACCAGCUCUCGAACCAAAGCAUCGGCGUGCUCUUCAACGAGGGAACACAUCUCAGUCUUUGUAACCAACGCAAGACAGUCCACUACUGCUUGACCAACAACAAACACUUCACCUUCCCCACCAACUCUCUACCUGAGCAGCUUCGCAGCCAGAAGCAAAUCGUAGAGCUCAUGGCCAACUACAUGGAGCAGAACCUUAUGGAGGGUGGAGACCUGAUGUGUGAGGAGCAGCUCUCAGGUCCUCCUCCUCUGCUGCUCCAGUGGGUGAAGACCGACCACGCACUCGUCAUGCUCUUCAACAACGGCACUCUACAGGUGAACUUCUACACAGAUCACACCAAGAUCAUCCUGUGCAAGUCAUCUGACGACUCGUACCUGCUCACCUACAUCAGCCGGGAACGCGUCUCAUGCACUUACCUCCUCAGCAUGCUGAUUGAGAUGGGCUGCACCGCAGAGCUGAGACACCGACUGCGAUAUGUGGUCCAGCUGCUGCAACACCACACUGAUGCCUGAGAGCACAGCUCUGUGCCACCCAGGCUGCCUGAUCGGCAGAUGCCUUCGAGGCUACCUGACUGGUUAACCUCUUUUUCUUUUUAGGCAGCCUGACUGGUUGACAUAAUUUCUCAAGGCCGUGCUGGGAGUGGCCGAUGCCUGUUCAGUUGCCAGAUGGAAGGCUGCUCAGAAGAGCUGAGCAAAUUUUCCUGUCUGAACUGGUGCUCUGGCAGCUGAUUCCUAGUUUGCUUGACCUUGAUGAAUACCAAGCAGUCAGGAAGUUGCCCGACGCAGCGUCUGCCUCAAGGGUUUGUGCCUGUCCAGCUUAUGCCUCAAAGGUAUCCACCUGGAAGGUAUCGAUACCUAAAAUAAUAGACUCCUACCUGGCUUGAAGUGAUGGAUCCCUCACAGGCAGAUGCCUGAACGAACACCCAAACUCCCAAUCACACCCUCUCACUCACUCAAAACCACCACUUCUUGACUGGAUCUUUUUAAAGCCUCCAACCAACCCUUCAGGCUCCUCUGACAGCCGAUAACAAAGGCAUGGUUUCUCAAAGGUAUCUAAACACUAAAAUCUGCUUGCAACGGAACAAAGGUGAACUUGCAGCUGGAAUGCUUUUAGGCUCUGUUUUUACCAAAAGCGUUUUAGCAGCAAGGUUAAUUAUGGCGUUGACUUGCACUGGAUCUGUGAUGUGACAGCAGAGGUGCUUUAGGGAAGACCUGUGGUUUGAUUAGAGAGAGAGACCCUCCUACCCUCGGUUGGUUUCUGGCCUCUUUGGACUAUGGUGCACACAUUCAUUUCAUUCCCUCCUAUUUUUUUUUCUUUUUUUUUCUGCUUUUUAAGAAUUGAGCCAGCUAUAGGAUCACACUACGAUCUUGACCUCACAUGCACAAAUAACAUUCCUGGCCUUAUUUGACAAUGGUGAUGUGGAGGUUCAGAGAAAGUCAACUCGGCUUCUGCUCCAACAUCACUUUGUCUUUUUUUUUCCUUCGUAUAAGAAACAAAUUUCACAGGCGUGGUACACGGCAUACUAAAGGGGCUAUGGGAGCAACACAAUUUUGCACUUUUUCAUUUAAUUUUAAAUAUAAUUUCAUCUAGAAUGCAAAACCUUUUUACCACCACUUGUUAUAUUUUAUUUGUUUUUAACCAAAUACCCAGAGGCGUUCUUUUUUGUUUUUGUUGUUGGCUUUUAAAAUGAUUCAGUUUUAAAUUCACAUACAGUAGGCGAAUGUUUGCGUGUGUGCCAAACAUGCGCUGGUUAAACGAAACUGUUGGUUAGAAGAUGAGGGUAGGGAUGGGGGGGAUAAAAGUGCCUUUCUGAGGGAUGUCUGAAUAGUGCAAUAACAACCUUUUGUGAAUGUCAAGCUGGAUACAAACAAGAUUUGUGAUGGGUUUUACAGGUGGGAUUUGCUUUUGUACUUUGAGCAAAGUUUAAAAGUAAGUCCAAUAGCACUACACUCUCACUACCUGGUAUAAGCUUUUAGAACAACUGGUAUCAUAAAUAUAUAUCCCAGUAAUAUCUAUGGAAAAACAUUGUACUCUGUUGUACUGUACUGUAAUCCUUUAUCGGUUUACAUUGCUUUCUCAACCCAGAGUUGUAUCCUCAAAACUGUGACCUGGAAUGCAAGUAUUACGUGUUUUCAAAAAACCCAACAUUGUGAAAGCCAUCUGCCAAUUGAGAAGAAUCUUUAUUUUUUGGCACAUAAUGUCCUGUUUAUUUAUUUUUUAUUUAUACAUGUUUUUAUUUAUUGUUGUUGUAAAUGUUACGGUCUUGACACAAGGACAUGUUCAAUUCCGAUCACCUUUUGUAAUGUAACAUAUCUGGGGAAAAUGGGACAAAAAUAAAGUUUAUUGAAAAUGA